AUGCCUACCAUGGCCGAGCCGCAAGCAAAGAGGCUGAAGCGAUGCCACGACGAGCUCGAUGACUCGGCGUCGUCGUCGACGGCGAGCAGCGUGCCGCGCGCUACCUACGCUCCGCGGAAGAGCACCGUCUCGCCGAGAGAUACCAAGGCCACGCUCCUGCAGCACAUCACCCAUCUGGAAGAAGAGAAGACGGCUGCGCAGGCCAGGCUCGAACAAGAGAACCGCCUCCUGAAGAGCCUUCUCAACCAGCCCGAGAAGAUACCUGCUGUGGAGGAGUACCUCGCACGAUUUAUGGCGGACAGGAACGCCACAUCGUACCACGAGCUGUGGGAGGAUAUGGAGAAAGUCCGCGCGCAAAAUUCGUGUCUCUUGCGAGGUGCGCUGUCCGUCGCGGUGGCGUAUCUCGAGUCUAAUCAGAUCUCUCUCAGAGUGCGAACGCCUGCGCUUCGACAACUGGCGUCUCCAGAACCCAGCCCCGCCUCCGGUCUUCACCGCUCCAUUACCGAACCCUGCGCUCAUGUACCCGCAUCAGCCGUUGCCUCACCUGGCCGUACCUCACCAAUCCAUACCGCAUCAACCCAUACCACACCAACCCAUGCCUCACCAAUCCAUGCAAUCCCUGUAGAACCACCCUGUCCGCCUAGGAAUCUCCCCGACCUCUUGUCCCCGGUAUCGGCCAUCAUCACGUCCAACCAGCGGCACCCCAGCAUUCCUCUCAUGACCGUUUCUGCGCCUCUGCACCCCUCAUGA